AUGAGUCAGAAAACGAUUUGGUGUUUGAUUAUGAAAUUUUGGAUGAGAAUUCAACAAACAUGAAUGAAGAAAAUGAUAAGGAGUUGGUUUUAGAUAAUAUUGAUGCUGAAGAGAAUGAAAAUAUUGGUGAAGAGUAUGAAGAAAUAGAGGCCGAUAAUGCUUGGGAAUAA